CAACUCUUUCUUAAACCCCUCACAUUCAUCUCUCUCACUCUCUCUCCCUUUCCGUAUUCCAUUCCGUCCACUUGAAAGUUGAAACAGAAUCUCUGCUCUUUGAGCUCCUCUGCAAAACUGCUUUUAACCUCUUAACUGUCCUUCUCGUUACAGAAGAAAAAGGAAGUUUUAAUGGAAGGUGUUCUGGGUUUACCAGGUACGGGUUCUGCUGCUGGUGGUGGUGGAGGAGGAGGAGGAGUUCCUUCUGGAAGCUCCGGAAAUGGGUCGAUGUCGACGGUGUCGAAGGCGGAAGUGGUGGAGCAGGACUACGUGGGUAUGUUGUCUGAGGUGUCUUCUUAUCCAGCUGAGUCUGAGCUCGAGCUUGGACUGGGUUUGAGCCUGGGUGGUGCUGGAAAGGCUACUAAUAAGCCAUCUGCUUGGGGAGAGUAUGGUAGGAUCUUGACGGCUAAGGAUUUCCCUUCUAUUGUCUCUCGUGGUUCUUCUGCUUCUUCUUCUUCGUCUCCUGGUACUGGCAGACCUCAUCCUUCUGUUAUUACUCCUGUUUCUGGUACCAAGAGAACUGCUGAUUCUGUUGCUCAAGAGGUUGGAUCUGGUAAUGGUUCCAGCAGUCAGGUUGUGGGAUGGCCACCUAUAAGGGCUUAUAGGAUGAACAGCUUGGUUAGCCAAUUGAAGGCCCCAUCUUCUGAAGAAGAGGAACGUAUGAUCCCCGAGAAUAACAGAAGUAAGGAUGCCCUGGCGAAGGGUACUAACAAUGGUAACACCAAGAGCAAAAGUAAUGUUCAGGAGAAAGGGCGUCUGCCCAGUUCCCUGUUUGUGAAGGUGAACAUGGAUGGUGUACCUAUUGGUAGAAAGGUGGAUCUGAAUGCUCAUAACUGCUAUGAGACCCUGGCUCAAGCUUUGGAGGAAAUGUUCCACAAACCCACCACAACCGUUAAUACUGCUCGUUCAGGUGGAGAAAAGGAACAUGGUGUAGUAGUGGAAGCAGAAAAGCCUUCAAAAUUGCUGGAUGGAUCAUCUGAAUUUGUGCUCACUUAUGAAGACAAAGAGGGAGAUUGGAUGCUUGUGGGAGAUGUUCCUUGGGGGAUGUUCCUCAAUACUGUGAAGAGGCUUCGAAUCAUGAGGACUUCUGAGGCUAAUGGUCUUGCUCCAAGAUUUCAAGAAAGGGAUGCAAGACAAAGAAACAAGCCCAUCUAGUAUUGUGAUUCCCCUUUCUUGGUAAAGUAAGAUGAUGAAAAUCCACACUUAGAACACUCGAGGAAAAGAAACAUAGAGAAACUGAAGAAAGAGCAUUUUGCCACAUAAAGAUUGGUCUCCCAGUGCUUGUUUGAUUGCCUUUUUGGUUUUUAUUCUCACCCAUUCUCUGGGAAUUAUAGCCUUCAUUUUGAUGUUAAAGCAUACAUGUUUCAUUUUCACCUUUUCUUAUUACAUGCAAUGUAGUUAAAGGCUGUUUUUUCAUACUGUAAAUAUAGGAGUGCUCGAUUGCUAGGAUUUUGAGUUUUGCUACAACCUGGUUGGACUCAGUUUUCCUUGGUGAGGAAAAGGAAGUUGCAUGGUUUCUAUUGUUUUAAUCUUUGUUUCUGUUUGAUGUUGUCUUGCACUUAAUAAUUUGUCACC